CACACACACAUAUACAUAUACACACACACACACACAGCACCUAGAUUGUGGUGCAGACACUGCACUUAUGGGAUCAUACCGGUACCUGUCUGUUUGGAUCCUGCUGCUCCUGGCUGACUCAGGGUCUGUAUCUGGUUUACUGAGAGAAUCAGGAGCUUUGGGAAAAUCUGUGAAUCUCACAGUGAAGCUGAAUCUGCCCACACAGCGUGAAGUACAAUGGAAGUUUGGUGCCAACUCUAUCAUUGCAACUGCCCAGCUGAAUAACCCUCCCCUCUAUUAUGGCAGUUACAGAGGCAGAUGCCACCUGUAUGAUAAUACAACUCUCCAGCUGGACAAUCUCACUCCUGCAGAUACAGGGGUAUAUUGGCUCUUUGUAUCCAACGUGGACACUGCAGCACAACAAAAUGGGUCGAUUUCUCUUACUGUUUACAGUCCACUUACCCUUCCAACUCUCAAAGUGAACAUAUCUACCACUAAUGGCAAUGCUUAUCCUGUUAAUGGCACCAAUGUGUCCCUCCAUUGUGACGCUGGCGGUCAGAAUGUGGUUAAUUAUACUUUUUACCAAGGUGUAGUUGAUGCCUGCUCCCAGCCCCAUGUGACCUGCAACAAAGACUUCAUGUACUUUCAGCCAAUCACGAUGAGUGACACCGGGAUAUACACCUGUAAAAUAGAGAAUCCUAUCAGCAGUAACACCAGCCAGCCGCUCAGUAUAAUAGUCACAGGACGAUUAUCUGGGGUGACACUGAGCAGUAAUGCAUCUUCAGAGCUGCUGUGGGCAGGGAAGGAUUCAGUGGAUCUAACAUGUUCAGCUCUUGGCACUAAUGUCACCUUCUCCUGGUACCUGGAUGGAGCACCAUUACCUCCAAACCCCAGAUAUCACUUAAUGAAUUCCAACUCCAGCCUCAUUAUCAGUCCUGUGGAGAGGACAGACAGCGGAUCCUUCACCUGCAUUGGCUCUAACAGUCUGAAUAGUGAGACCAGUAACCUCCUGACUCUCAGACUUGGCUGGUUUCCUAACAGAAAUAUUCAGUGUAAUGCAGCCAGAUCGGACCAGACAGUGACACUGAGCUGUUCUUGGCCUGGAGGCAACCCUGCUGCAAAUGUCACCAUGAUAUUUCAGAAUACAAAAUACACAGCACAGGAUACAGUGACUAGGGAUGUACCCCUUAAUGUCAUCUCCCCUGGGGCAGAACUGACCUGCUUGGGUGCACAAGGGGGGCAGGAUAUGGUCUGCACCAUGAUCUUGGGAACUCCAAUCGGGUCACAAAGUAACACUGUCUCUUCAGUGACAAAAGGAGAAAAUGUCUCCAUGUCUGUCAACUUAAACUGGAGCAGAAAUGUUUCUCCCAGAAUUCAAAUCCUUCCUGCAACAUUCUCCUGGUUCCAUCGUAGUUCUGACCGCCCUCUUUCAGUCAGUGGAGGAAAGAUCUCAGUCAUUUCCAGUGACUAUAAAUCAGAGCUGGUGAUCUCUUCAGUGACUGACAGUGACAAUGGAAUUUAUGAAUGUGAAGCCAAAAACUUUUUAGGAAACUCAACAUUCUCCUUUCAACUCAGUGUGACUUCAGGUUCAAACCAGCUGUCUCCUGGUGCAAUAGCCGGCAUUGUGAUCUCUGUCCUGUUUGUUGUAGCACUGAUACCUCUCACCAUCAUCUUCAUUCUCCGCAAGAAGAAGAAGAACAACAACAACAACGCGCCCACAAGUCCAGUAUAUGAGAAUACAGGCGCCCAAGCACCAAACACUUAUGAUCGUAUCAUUACAGGAUCAAAGGAGACCAUGGCAGGAAAUAGGCCCCAGGAAUCCAGCUAUCAGGAGCUUCAGUUCCCAAGUAAUGAUGUGUAUAAUCAUUUGAGGAGAACACCCAGAUAAAAUCCAGAUUAUUACAAUGCUGGAGACUCAAUAAAGGCUCAAUACAAGCUGUGGGUGAAAAAAACAGAACUUAUUAGAAACACAAAGGGGAAUCAGUCUUCACAGACUUUGAGUGAUAUUUGUCAAUGCCCUGUUCCACCCAGACCCCAGCCUCUGUUCUAUCCCUACUUGGGAUACGAUACAAUAAAUUCUGUAUUCAAGUAUA